AUAUAGUAUCUAUGGUUUUACCGCCGUAAAAGUGGGUGUAGCCAAAAUCGCGGUGCGCUUCGCGCCCCCCUUUCUCUAAUUUCUGGAUACGCCCCUGUGCAUAGACAUAUAAAGGUACAUAUAAAGCAUGCAUAAUUGCUCACACAUAUACACACACAUGUACAUGUCACAUAUACACAUGAUGUAUGUGUUAGUACACACAUACACAUAUUAAAACACAUGCACACAAGUGUACCUAGGCUAUCUGCAGACUAUAAAACUGUCAGUUAUUAUUAACCGGAUAUCAAAUCAAGAAAGACUAUCAUUCUCUCUUAGUUAUUAGCACGAGGGCUACCAUCAUCAGAGCUGCUAACACCAUCAAGUAAAGGAACCGUAUAAUAUUCUCAUCAUUACAUAAAGUAAACACUGCAAGAGUCCAAGUAUAAAGGUUGAGUGUAAAAUAUCAAUAAUAACAGGAUUAACAGCAACACUGAGAGGGAAGGAGAAGAACAAGAUAAAAUGGAAAAGAUGUUGUAUCAUAUAAUGAUUAUACUGUUACUGAGUAUCUUUUGUAUUGAUGCUGCUACUGUAAGGUUUGAUCCUGAUACUUACCAUGUGACUGAAGAAGAUACCAAUAUAAAUGUUACCAUCUCAUUAGUGAUAUCUGAGCCUCGUAGUGCAGACUCAACUGUUAGAAUAUCCAGUGUGACAACUGCUGGAGCAACUAAUCAAGCUACUGCUGGAGUUGAUUACAUGUCAUUCAGUGAUACAGUCAUUAUACCUGCUGGUGCUAUAAGUUAUAAUUAUACUAUCACCAUCUUCUCUAAUCCUGAGGCUGAAUUAUCUGAAGUAUUCAGUGCAUCUUUAACCUUUGUUAGUGGAAGCCAGCUGACAUUUAAUGGAUCUAAUGCUCUCAUAAACAUUAAUGAUACUGAUGUUCCUACGGUGAUGUUUGAUCCUGUUACUUACAAUAUAACUGAGGGAAGUCCCUUCAGGAUCUCAUUCGUGACAUCACAACGACUUCUUGGACCAUCUAUGGUUAGACUGUAUGAUAUACCAACUGCUGGAGCAAUUAAUCAAGCUACUGCUGGAGUUGAUUACGCAUCUUUUAAUGGAACAUUCACUCUAUAUCCUGGUUCUACAAGAUUUUAUGAUUUAUAUAGAUCAACCUACAGUUAUGGAGAGGCAGAAUUUACUGAACAAUUCAGUGCAACAUUAGAAUUUGUUGGUGGAUGGCCAUUGACAUUUUCUGGAUCUAAUGCUACCAUUAAUAUUAUUGACAAUGAUAUUGCUACUGUAAGGUUUAGCCCUGUUAGUUACAGUGUAACUGAGGGAGAUACUAACAUAACUCUUAAUAUCUCAUUGGUGACAUCACAACCUCUUUUAGAACCAUCUACUGUUAGACUAUAUUCUAUACCAACUGCUGGAGCAACUAAUCAAGCUACACCUGAUCUUGAUUACAUGUCAUUCAAUGAUACAAUAUCUCUACCUGCUGGUGCUACAAGAUAUGAUCAUACCAUUCUUAUCAUUCUUAAUCUUGAGGCUGAAUCAUAUAGUGAAGUAUUCAGUGCCACUUUGGAGUUUGUUAGUGGAUGGCCAUUGGCAUUUACUGGGUCUAAUGCUACCAUUACUAUUUAUGAUGCUAACGUUCGUACCAUUAGAUUCUCCUCUGACUACAUUUCUGUUUCUUCUCACGAGACCUCUAAUGUCACUCUUACUCUAAGAGGUGUUACAUCAGGACCUCUAUUAGGAGACACUAUCAUUAGACUAACUGAUGUACCUCUUAAUGCUGCCAAUCCUGCUACUAGGAACAUUGACUACAUUGGCUUUAAUGAGGAGAUUAUUCUACCUGUUGGGUCUAUGGGUUUCUCCUAUAAUGUCACAAUAUUAUUAUCUCCAGGAUCUGAGCUUACAGAAUACUUUUAUGUUAAUAUGUCAUAUGUGAGUGGAGCACCAUUAAGUAUACCGGUAAUUGGAUCAAUUGCUACCAUCAUCAUUUAUGAUACUAGUGUUCAAAUAUUGACAUUCAGUUCAUCUGAGUACAUAGCAUCAGAGAAUGAUGGAAGUGUUACUGUUACUGUGACAGCAUCAGUGCUUAGUGUUACUGAUACUGUCAUUAGAUUAACUGACUUACCUACCAGUGGUGGAGCCAGGAAAGUUACCGAUUACAUAUCAUUUUCUGAUACAUUAACAAUACCUAGCGGACAGUCAUCAGUUUCAUAUUCAAUAUCACUAGUGGAUGAUACUGUACCAGAAUCAACUGAAUCCUUUGAUGUUAAAAUGGAAAUAGUAUCAGGAAAUAGAGUUUCUUUUUAUUCAUAUGGUGAUAGAGCAAUUGUGACUAUUAUUGAUGAUGACAGAUCUACUAAUGCUGCACUAGUGAUGUCUGGUUUGAGUAUAUCCUUUAAUAUUAUAUUACUAAUAAUAUUGAUGACAAUAUUAAUUGCUAUCAUUCUUUAUUGUAGGAGAAGGAAACUUAAUAAUUCAAUGACUGUUGACAAGCCACCAGUUGUCACUACUGAGGCCAGUAAUAUGGUGUAUGAGAGGAAUGUGAGCUAUCAACUGCAUAAAAUAACUAAUGAUAGGACUGAUGAUGAGUAUGAAGAUGUUCUUCAUUAAUAAAGUCAUUACUGUAUAAUUUAUUAUGUUAUUUUAAUGAUCGGACAAUAUUAGUCAAUAGUUACUUGACCUUUUACUUUAUAUAAUUAACUUCCUUUUACUGUACAAAAACAAUAAAAUAACAUUCUUCAUUUCUGCUGUGUAGGUUAUAGCAUUAGUUUUACUAGCAUAUAAGGCAAAAUAAACAUUUAAACUAA